CACAACCACCAUUAAAGCCGACUUCCGCGUUGUGUAACUCUCCGUUUAACUUUAAGGAUAUUUAUGCGAUAUUUAUAGAUUGUGCGCACCAUCGAGGUAAUUUAUUUACCAAACAGUGUACAGAGUAAAUGUGACGUUACCUGGAGUCUACUUAAAAUAAAUAUGGCUAAUCCUACUGUAGACGUGGUGUUUAGUCUAGAGGGGAUUAAACAACACACAGUUGCCGUGAGCCUCGGUUCAUCAGUACGAUAUUCACUGCAUAGUUUGAUGAGUUCUUUGGGGGCACGGCCCGCUGAGAUGGUUGUCUACGAUAUCAACCAAGAUCUACAUGUUGACUGGGAUUGCACAAUUGACUCGCUGGUGUCCCAUAAACUACUGAUUCAUCCUAAAGGGCAAGGUAAUGGAAAGACAAAAGAUCACUCCGCCAGUCUUCCACAAUCAGUCCCAAACGUUUACACCCCGCCUCCAGAGGUCCCGCCUCCUCGAAUUAGUAGUGCUACGAAAGUCUCAAGAUCUAAAUCGUGUCCAACAAAACCAAUCGGGUUUCGAACACAACCAAGAGUGCCACAAACGCACGCAGAUGACAUGCCAAUUUACCCACCCCCACCUGUUCCAGGGCAACCACCCGUAAUGGAAUUAGAUGAAGACGUCAAUGAAAGAUAUCAUCCCUCAGCACUCUCCUGUUACCAUGGCAGAGUGAACGUAAAAGAGGUAGAAAUGAUAAUGAAGGAACAUUUAGAUACACCAUUUUCCUACCUGAUAAGAGACAGUAUGAGCAAAAAUAACUGCUAUACCAUCUCAGUAAUAUACCGUAACCGGCAGAUGUUUCAUUUCAACAUAUUUGUUGAUAACGAGAGACCAACUUCGCCUUGGUAUUACGUCAGUAAAGACAUGAAGUUCAGGAGCAUGGGCCAACUUUUAGAGUACUUUCAGAACAACCACAUCCCCGGUCAGCAUGUGCACGAUCUUCGCCUGCUGUACCCAAUUAAUAAGACGGAAGAAAAAAUAGACCCGUCAUAUACAUCUCUAACGUCUCCCGCAUUCGACGUCCAGAGUUUACAGCCAGCAAGAGUUCGCCGCUCUCGCCAGCAAAGAUCCGCUUCGCUGACAAGCACGCAAUCUCCGCCACCGAUACCAGGGGACCAUCCAUCGCGGCGAUCGUCACUGCAGAGUUCCAGCAGUGGAGGCAGGCUGGGACAGGGAUACAUUGAAAUGCUAGGCGAUGGUUCACAACCGCCACGUGAACCUCUUCCGGAUUACUGCGAAGCAAAUCGUGGAACAUUUAGCUCGAUCGAAGAACUGAAAAGUAGACUGACCAGAAUGGAAGUCAGUGGUCGUCAGAAGUGUUCCUGUGGACUGGAUCUCGAAGACUCUAUACUUGUAGAUGACUGGAGAGUCCACUUGAGUACGGACCCGGAAACCAGUGGUCAAAUAUUUUACGCUAAGGCUGAUAAUAGUCAGGUGUUGUGGGAUUUACCGGUGGAAGUGCACGAUAAACUAUGUCAAGUGAAUCCGAAGAAAUUAGCAUACAUUGAACAUUUGCUUCGAUACAAUGAUAACCGAUAUUAG